AUGGGUAGAAAAAUAACAGCCGAUGUUGGAAUACAAUGGAUAAAAUUUUGGACUUGGCCUAUAUUCACGUGGCCUCCGAAUUCGAAAGCACCACGACUUACAAAGAUCAUUUUUCAAAUCGGCUGGUGGAUUUUUUUUAUCGUCUCUAUACUACAACUUGCUUCACUACUCGGCACGGUGUGGGUAAAACGAGGCAAUAUCCAGCAAUUUACUGAGGCCUUGUGUCUAGCCGUUGGUGUGAUGCAAGUUAUGGUAAAGAUGAUCAGUGCGAAAUGUUACUACCGGCAAUUUCAGUAUUUGAUUGAAAAGAUUGAAGCAUUCGUUAAGAAUGCAAAUUCCCACGAACAAGAAGUACUCACGAAAUUCAUGCAACGAAUUACUCCUUUUUACCUCGGCUUCAAUAUCUCAGCUAUUGUUGCAGCUCUGAUUUAUGCACUUGGUCCCUUCAUUACUAGGCAGCCAUUUCCAUUUGUCGUCGAGUAUCCUUUCCGAGUUGAUAAACAACCCAUCUACGAGAUCAUUUUUUUAAUACAAACCAUAGUGUGUUUCCAAUGUGGGGGCACCAGUUUUUAUGAUUGUCAACUGAGUAUACUCCUUUGGUAUGGAACAAUCCAACUUGAUAUGCUUGCUGAACAAAUGAGAAAUGUCAACAAUGCUCGAGAACUUAAACACUGUCUUUCCAUACAUCAAGAUAUAUUACGGUAUAUUGAUGACACCAUCAAAACUGUGCGACCCGUGGUAAUAACAACAGUUGUGGGGGCCACGAUAUGCAUCGCAUCCGGAGGGAAUCUUAUAGUCGGAACUGGAUCAAUCCUUAACAAAGCCCAGUUCGUAAUAAUUACCUUAGCUUACUCCUUCGAACUCCUUUGCGUUGCGUGGGCGGCGGAAAGUCUGGCAACAGCGCAUCAAGACGUUGGUUGGGCACUGUACAGCUCUUUAUGGAUCCGAAAUUCGAAGGAAUUCAAUAGGAUGGUAAUUUUUGUAGUACAGAGAUGUCAGACACCUCCGGUAAUUAGAAUCGGUGGAAUCUUGCCUAAAUUAUCUAUGAGCUAUUAUGCAUCGUACAUAUCAGCUACAUAUUCCUUCUUCACUACACUACGUGCCAUUCUGAAGUGAUCGAAGGAGGACCCUUUUUAAUUGAUUAAGAUA